CUACAUCGCUAGAUGUACUCUGCAACCGAUUCAGUAAACCAGUGCAAGCACUAUACUUGAUCCACGUGAGUUUAAUGUCAUCCGAUCCGCCAGGGUAGUUCAAAAUGCACGAAGAAGCUCUCCUUCACGAUUAUUAUGCGGUUUAAAUAUAUCGUGGAGGCAUAACAAUAUACCAAUAUAUCAAGAUAAUUCGUUCUUAGUUGGGCAUAAAGCAAUUGAACUUUCGUAAGUUGGACGCUAUUAUCACACGAAAAACUGACAAUCAUAUUUUCUCCAACUCGUCACAGAAAAUUGGAACAAAACGCUGACGUAGCACAUCGUUGAAUGUGACUUAAAUCAACAAAUCAAGUUUGAACGAAGAACACUGAAAUGACGAGUAAGGAAGGCGUCCGAGAUACGAGAGAUUCUGUUUUUCAAAUUAUUCCACCCUUUGCUACUCAAGUUGAAACAAGAACUAUGUUUGAAAAACCUCAGAAUUUGCAAAAAAACUUUCGUCUUUCCAACCUUCAUAACAAAGGGUAUGAACCAGUAUCUCAGUCAAGUUUAUCCUUAUAUACAUCAAAAUCUAAUGGCCAUUAUGGACGAAGACAACACUUUCAAUUUGGAAAGACUGCUUGUGGAUCUGCAACUAAUGCGUUGAUCUAUGGUAGCGGACACCCACUAGGCGAGUUAGAUGUCAGUGGUAUCAAAUCAAAAGUACAAGCAAACAAAAAACCUGAAAAAAUUGAAAACACAAAUAUAAAUAUGUUUAUAUAUGGAAAGAAUGACCACACAAAUGCACAACCAAGACGAAGGAACUCUAACAUUUUUUCUCAUGGAGAAAAGACAUCAGCAGAGCUGCGAAAAAAGAUUAGAGAAGUUAAAGAAAGAGAAAAUCAAAAAUUUUGUUUGCAACAAGUCUCUAAACAGAAUGAUUACAAUGAAUAUUUACAACAGAAAGAAUUACAAGCAAGAAUAAGAGACGAAGAAAAAAGAAAGGAUCUGGACAUGUUGAGAACGUACAAGCAGCCCUGGGGUAAACCAGGUGGUGGUGCACCAACAUCUGAUACUCACCGUUCAAAGGAAAUUCAUCAUUUGAUUGAUCACAAAGAGCAAGUGCUUCCCCUGGGAAAGCCUGGAGGUGGAGCUCCAUUGAGAUCUGAUUCAGGAUCUUUAAAAGCUGCUAUAGGCUUGGAUCCUGAAAUUCAAUUUCAAAAACGACACAGGGAUCAAGUUCAUAACGUCAUCAUGCCUAGCAACAAGACUAAAAGAAACGAUGAAUAUCUUACUGAGUUAGAUAUAUUGGCGCAAAAGACAAGGGAGCAACGAAAUGUCAUUGUGAGAGACAAGGAUUUGUCAUCGACAAUAUAUGAUCCAUUCGGCAGACCAGGCGCUGGCGCCCCGCUAUAUGAUAACAACGGAAAAACAAAAGCAGCCCGUUCAAAAAAAUUACUUAAAGACGUCCAGGGAGAUACGUCGAAACAUCAGCUAAAGGAUACCUCCUUACCAUACGGAACACCUAGAUUUAAAAGACCAAUUGAAGAUACGAAUGAAUUUCAGGGAUUUGCAGCUGGUUUUGGAAAGGGCGGGGCUGGCGCACCUAUUGUGGAUAAAGAUGGCAACGUUAUUACUACGAAGAGACAAACGCUGGUGAGGUCAGAUGAUUCUGCAAUUAUAAAAUGUGAUGAAGAGCCGAUUGACAACGCCAGUUACAGCCCGUGGGGAAGACACGGUGCUGGCGCACCUAUACGCGAUCAACAAGGAAAUUUGGUGACACAAGUUGGUGGGAGGUGGAAAAGUGAUCAAAUAGCAGCCUCGCCAAAACAAAGACAACAAGUAGAAGCAAAGAAGUUGUAUCUCGAGUCACUAAGAAGUCAAGCAAGAGAACAUGAAGAAUGGAAGCAAAUAGAAAGGGAUUCGUUAAAACAGCCGUCCAAUGACACUACAUCCUGGCUAAAACGGGGCGUUGUAGGCAAGCCACCUUAUGAUGAAAACACCCGUGAAAUUGUUGGAGCACACCGGGUAACCUCCGACAUUGUCAAACAACGACUAGAGAAACAAGUGCAGCGUAAGGAACGGGGCGGUGUUAGUGGAGGCGAUUGGAACGAUGAAUUAUCUGCGCAGCAUGAACAACCUACUGACGGAAUAUGGGGAAAUUUCGGCACUGAUGCGCCAAAAGGAAAUCCAAGACGCCAAAAAGUUGAUGUCGCUGCAACACAAUUUCUAACUCAUAAAUAACAUGACACAAAAAGAUAAUCUACAAAAGACAAUUGUUUUGUUUGUCUCGAAAUUUCAAUAUCUACCUAGAUUGAUUUGUGUUUGUGUUUGUGGUUGGCAUUACCAAUCCUUUUUUCAUCUAAUUUAAUCCAAACUAUACCUUAAAGCAAAAGAAGUUGGUAAGAAGGGACCAAAUUUUAGGCUUAGUGGCUAAUAUUUUGUACGACAGAUGAAAUUUUUAGCAAAUUUUUUUUUAUUUACCUCCCAACUAUUUUUACCGACCUAAUUAUCUUCCGAUCGACUUAGAUGAUGCCGAGAUGCAUUAAGGACCAAAAUGCCUCAACAAAAAAAAGGUACAACCGUUAAAUAUUUCAGUUUAUAUUUUUAGUUAAAUAUAAUAUAUAAAAGGAAGAAUUUGUUAAAUUAUUUUGAAUAUAUUUUUAUAUUUUCUAAACUCAACUCAAUAUUUCCAAGAAUUGAUUCGGUAAAAAAUGCUUGUGAAAUUUAGUCGAUAAAAAGUGACUAAAUUUUGUGCAAAUGGCUAAUAUUCUCACCGUCUAAAAAUUUUUACCAACCGUUCCUUUUGCAGACUUUUUUAUGGUUAAAGUAUGGUUAAAAAUGUUACACCCAGCGUGAAUUGCUUCAAAUUUGGUCAUGUUGUGCAACGUUAUAUUAACGGAUAAGGAAAAAAUACAUAAAUUUUAAGAUUUUUUGGGGGGUGUCAUUAUUCAGAAGUACGUAGAGAUCUAAUUCACAAAUACUAACUAGAGAUCGAAAAAAAAAUUGCAGUGGAAUCAGUUUACCCUUUGUUGUUAGAUGUUUUGGUUGUGGUGCUGGUGGAUUUUUUUCUUUUUUCUUUCUUACUAUAUGACGUAAUUUGAUUAAAGUUUCAAGACCUACCAAUGUGCUAAUCGAAGAUUUUUUUAAAUAUUUUUAAAGUACAAAGCAAUGUAUAAUUUCUACUUUUCUGUAAAUUUUAAUUGCAGUCUUAUUCAGUAAAAACCAUUUUUUUUUUGGCGUAGCAAGCAACAUAUUAUUUUUUUAUUGACAGGAUGUUAUUCUAUAUAAGUUACGGGUAAUAUGAUAAAUUGGAAAUUAUUCAUAUCCCUCCAGGUUUUAUGUAUAAGAGUUAGGGUUAGGGUUAUUGUUUUUUUGCAUAAUGACCGGUCAAUAUGCAAAAUAACCGGUGUUAAUAUGCAUAAUAACCGGUUAAUAUGCAUAAUGACCGGUCAAUAUGCAAAAUAACCGGUGUUAAUAUGCAUAAUAACCGGUGUUAAUAUGCAAAAUAACCGAUGUUAAUAUGCAUAAUAACCGGUUAUUAUGCAUAAUGACCGGUCAAUAUGCAAAAUAACCAGUUAAUAUGCAUAAUAACAGGUUAAUAUGCAUAAUAACUGGUUAAUAUGCAAAAUAACCGGUGUCAAUAUGCAAAAUAACCGGUGUUAAUAUGCACAAUAACCGGUGUUAAUAUGCAUAAUAACCGGUUAAUAUGCAUAAUUCAUGAAUUUAUCACAAUUCUCGUGACAUAUAUAUUUAGUUUGCGAUAUGAGAUAUUUAAAAUUCAGGCUUACAAUUAGGCUUACAGAUUAAGGUCUUAGCAAAACUAACCUUGCGUAGGUUGUGACUGUUUUUUUAGAUUUUAUGUAGAUUGUAUUUUAAAUUAUGUAUUUUUUAAAUUAUCAGCAAAUAUUUAUUAAUCCCAA